GCCUAAGAGGAAUGAAUGAUUAUUAAUAGGCACUUGAAUGGUAUCAAAAAGCACUUGAUAUCAAUCCAUAAUAUGUUUAUUCAUUAAAUGGAAAAGGUAAAUUUAAUUCAAUUAAUCAAAGGUGAAUGCCUAAGAGGAAUGAAUGAUUAUUAAUAGGCACUUGAAUGGUAUCAAAAAGCACUUGAUAUCAAUCCAUAAUAUGUUUAUUCAUUAAAUGGAAAAGGUAAAUUUAAUUCAAUUAAUCAAAGGUGAAUGCCUAAGAGGAAUGAAUGAUUAUUAAUAGGCACUUGAAUGGUAUCAAAAAGCACUUGAUAUCAAUCCAUAAUAUGUUUAUUCAUUAAAUGGAAAAGGUAAAUUUAAUUCAAUUAAUCAAAGGUGAA